UUUUCUUUUAUCAGCCUUACUGUCUUGUUGGCUUGCUGGCUUGCUGGCUUACUGUCUGUAUUUCUGUCUUUCUAACACGUUAAUUAAACUUUCAUUUCAUUUUAUAUAUUUUUAUAUAUAUAUUUAAACAGCCUACACAAUUAUUCAAGUCCUAUAAUUUUCCCUUUAUUCAUCCCUAAAAAAAAACCAUUGAAUCGCCUUUCUUGGUCUUUUAUAUAUCUAUAUCUAUAUCUAUAUCUAUAUCUAUAAACACAUUUAUACAUAUAUUAUUACUAUUGUUAUUAGUAGUCAAAGAAAGAGAAAGAAAGAAAGCUAAAAUUGUAAGACUUAUAUAUAUGUAUAUAUAUAUAUGUAUAUAUAAUUAUGUGUAUAUAGGUACACAUAUUCACUAUUCUUCUUUUACUUGUACACCAACACAAUUGACUGCAGCACAUUAAAAGCCAUUGAUUCAAUCAUUUAGAUUUCCAUUAAUCUUCCUCAUCAUCCCCUUCUCCUGUAAACCCUUUAUCAUUACAAAGAAAGAAAGAAACCAAGAACCAUGGCAUCUCUCAUUGACAUUAUGCGGAAACGCCUCUUGGACACCAUUCGAUCCAUUCAACCUCCAGGAAAAUGGAAGAUUGUGGUUGUAGAUUCCAGAAGUUAUCAAAUUCUCAGUGCAGCUUGCAACAUAGACGAUAUUCUAGAAAUGAACGUUAUGACCGUGGAAAACAUUGAGAAAUCCAGAACCCACUAUGCAACAAACGAAGCAAUUUAUUUCCUCACGCCAUGCCAAGAAUCUAUACUUCGCCUGGUGGAUGAUUUUAGAGAUCACAGAAAUCCUCAAUACAAGGCUGCUCAUGUUCAUUUCACAAGUGGCCUGGAUGACAUGAUGUUUAGAGACCUCAAUCAACGCCUAAAGUCAACCGGUGCUUCCGAGUACAUUCUUUGUCUAAAGGAAAUGUAUGUUGAUUUUAUGGUGGUUGAAUCUGCCGUAUUUACGGUCGAACCUGUCACGAGCUUCUUCUCGAUCUUUGGCACCGACCCACGCUCACACCCCGAAGAUUCUAUUCGAGUCACAGCCAAGCAGCUUUUGUCAGUCUGUGCCACACUCGGAGAAGAUCCCAUCAUUCGGUAUCAAACACCACCACCACCACCACCACCAUCACAAUCACCAACCGAUGGCCUUUUACCGCAACAAGGAUCAGCCACACGCUCACUUGCGACUAUCCUUCAAAAAGAAAUGGAUGAUUUUUGUCGUAUCAGUCCAAAUUUCCCUCCUGCUCGUAACCCUCCUCAACCACGCGCUACUUUGCUAAUCCUUGAUCGUUCUAUCGACCCAAUGGCUCCGUUGUUACACGAAUUUACAUAUCAAGCAAUGAUUAAUGAUCUUUUGCCAGUCGAACCAUCAGAAUCUAAAAACGGUAUCAAAUACACCCAUGAAUAUAACCAAGAAGAUGGAACUAUGGCUACUAUGGACGUAAUAUUGAAUGAGGAAGAUGCUGUGUACCGCUCUGUACGUCACCAACAUAUUGCAGAGUGUACUGAGAAUCUUGUCAGAGAUUUCAAAAAGUUCUUAGAAGAUCACAAAGCAACCUCUCAAGCCGGGGAUCGUCAAGAUGCUCCAAGAGACACAACCAAAAACCUCAAGGAUAUGAAGGAAAUGAUUACCAACAUCCCCAAAUUUCAAGACAUGAAGGCUAAAUACUCUGCUCAUAUUAGUAUUGCUCAAGAGUGUAUGUCUCGCUUUGAACAACAAAAGCUAAACUCUGUUGGAAAUCUGGAGCAGAACAUGGCUACUGGAGAAACUCCUUCUGGAAACACGCCAAAAACAAUAGUCUUGGAUAUGGUACCUCUUUUGGACGAUCCUCAUGUCAGCCCUGUGGAUAAAGCACGUCUGUUGAUGCUGUACAUCCUUUACAAAGAUGGAAACCUAUAUGAUGAUGACAAACGAAAGUUGCUCGAGCACGCUCGCCUUCCUAUCGACUUGCGUGAAGCAGUAAACAACUUAUCUCUUUUGGGUAUCAAGGUGUCCAGAGAUCGUAAAUUGAAAGAGAAGGGACGAAAGAAAGAGAAGAGAAGACGUGAUUCCCGCGACGCACCUUUUGAAUUGUCGCGCUACAUACCAAAUGUGAAGAGAAUUAUGGAUUCACAGUUAUCGAAUACACUCGAGGCAUCUCAGUUUGCAUACACACGUCAGUCUGAUAUUGAACAUACCGAAGAAGCCAAUGGAGCCCCUCAUUCUGCAAUUCCUGCUAGUGGCAUAUCACUCCGCACUACCAAACCAACAUGGAAUAAAAAGGGAGGAAAUGGAGCCGGACAGCCUUUUGGAGCUUCACGUGCAAAGUUAAUUGUGGUUGUUUUGGGUGGCAUGACACAUUCAGAAAUCAGAUCGGCUUAUGAGCUGGCUGAAUUGCACGAUCGCGAUAUUUAUGUCGGAACCACCGAGAUUUUAAAGCCUUCCAAAUUUGUGGAAAACCUUAGUAGGCUGCGUCAACCUAUCCCUGCUGCCCGACCUAUAAUUGCACCUUAUGUGGCCCCACCUCCCGUCCAGGAACCUCACAAAAUCCCAAAAAUUUCCAAUCUCAUACCUCAUAUCAACCACACCACAAGUUCUCUUUCCAGUGUCAGUCUGAAUAGCCCAAGUAUAAAAAGCGGAACUAGUGGCCAAAGCACACCAGAUAAACCAGAAGAAAAGAAGAAGAAGAGAGGAUUGAAGAAGCUGUUUGGUUAAGAAGUACAAGAAAAUGGAAAGAAAAAUAAUAAAAAGGACAAAUGCAAAAGCUUUUUAUUACAGAGUAACAUGUGUUACUGGUACGCAUCUAAAGUAAUGGCACAAUAGAAUGGCUGGGACUAUAUAGUGCACUGUUGCGGCACGUUUGACUUUUGGAUAAAAGCUGGUGCACCAAGGGAAAAAACAAGAUGCAAUACUUCCGUCAUAGUGUAAAUCUAAUGACUUUUGAUCUUGAAAACAUAAAGCGUGAGGAGCUAGUACAACGGAAUAGAUAAUUGAAGAAAUAUAUAUUUCAAAU